CACAGCUUCUACUGUAGUAUGAUUGCUGGCUGGUGUACACACCUGGGUUAGUGCGCACAUACACACGUUUUGAAACAUUGUCAAGGAUCACCAGGAGAGGACAACAACACAAGUAGUCUACGGCCAACCUUGUAAAGUUAGACGUGUGAAACAACGGCAUUUGAGAAGAUGAUGCGAUUCCUGUUCCUGUGCCUGCUACUGCGAGCUGCCAUAGCUACAGAGUUCGAAGUUGGAUCUGGCAACGGAGAAAUUGAUGAUGAGGACUUCGUAGCACAGACCAGGAUGCCUAUAUUGAGGACGUAUACUGACAUGGUCGACGCAAACAAGUCUACUGGAGGAGACGGAGCUCAAAACACAUUCGUCACCAUCGUGAUCGUGGUGGCUGUGAGUGUCGUGGCACUGUCGAUCGCCGCCAUCGUGGCUGUCGUGUUGGUGAGACGCCGCAUGCACAACCGACAACAAGGGAUCUACUCUGUGCCUGCAGAACAAGGCCAGAAAGGGGCGGUCUAACCCAAGACGGCCCACAGGACACUUGGAGGAGAGGACCAAUGCACUGAGCUCUAUCACACACUGCCCUUUGACCCAGGAAGUGGACACAUCAUGGCCCCCCUCCCCCCACCUGCCCUUAUAGCACCUCACCCACACCCCCACCCUUCCCUCCACCGCCAUCACAGAAUGGCUGUGUCUAAAUGGCUGUGCCUAAAUCAUGUUAGUGUGUAUCCUGUUGUAUUUCUAUAUCCUUGGCCCAGAUAUCCCAAAUGUACAGUAUGCAUCCAUCUCAGGACAUUUGGAACAAUUCCAAACACCUAAUUGGAUUCUAUUUGAGGAAUCCACAUAGAAGUCAUUGAAUGUAGCCAGUAGAAAAACCUGUUUUGAUGAAAGGCGUAAUUUAGACCAAGAAAUACUCUGUAUUUAACAACUUGCGAGUAAUGGGCUUUUACUCCAAUGAGUUUCUUACCUCUGAACAACAAAAGUUUUUGAUUUAGUGCAAUUGGAACAAGCCUGUGUGAGAGGAACUGGCUUGUUUGACAAAGGGAAGCGAUGCCUAAUCCAUAGUAAGCCAGCCCAGUUCUCACUUCAGUCUCCCUUUUCACAACUCUGACAUCUCCUGUCCCUGGCCCAUUAGGAGUGACAACAGGCAAUGCAGCAGGAAGAUAAAGCUGGUUCCCUCCCUUCUGAACCUUGGAGGAGGAGAGAAUAGAAACAAGCAGAAAAAGACAGUCUGAAACACCCUCUUGUGAGGCAGUGAAUUAAUCGACCGCCGUGAAUGAUGAUGUUGUUUUUUAGUUUUCCUGCUCCUUUGCGUUAGGCUUUCGCGCCGACGUCCACAACCUCACAGAUUGUAAAUAGCUCUCAGAUGACUGGGUGAGAGGUAGUUUAAUGCUGAAUGCGCUGGGCCAUGGGAGGGGUGUGGGGGGGUUAGGGCGGAGGGGGUGUGGGGUGGGGUGUGUGUGAGGGGGGGCAGGGGCGGUGCAGAAAUCUAGAGCAUCAAAUCAAGUGUAGGGGAUGAUUGGGGAAAUACCCACGAUGCCCCAUGUUUCAUUCAUGCUGAGCACGCCCUCUCUCUCUCUCUUUCUCUCUCUUUUCAUUUAAAUGGAAAUCAAUUGUGCCCUGUGAAGAAAAGCUUUAGGACCAAGGUGCGGGACUGGCUUAUUUCUCUCCUGUAUUACAGAAAAAGGAAGUUGUUUUGCCAGGGGUCAGGGGUCGGAGAAGACGGGAAGGUGGACACGAUCAGGUUUGGCAUGACUCAAGGUAUUUUGUUCGGAGCGUCACAUGGUGUGCAGUUGUGCAGGCUGGAGCUGGCGAGGGAGAGAUGUAGUGUUGGAAUCACUAGGUCUGUCUGAAUAAGGGCUCCCAUGUCCUUUGCUAUGUCUCCGCUCAGCCACCCCUGGUGAGGUCCAGGGGUGAGGUCCAGGGGUGACUGCAGGGGUGAGACUGGGGGAGGACUCGGCUGGUAUCCAGAUUCUCAGGUACAGAAGCACCUGUGGUUCUGAAUGAACCCAUUUUCCCCAGGUUUUUACAGCACUCGACAACCUUCACUAGUGCCUUGCUGAAUAUGAAGUGGCCCAUCGCUUGUCUUGCGAGGGUUCUCGGAGAGCCGCCUGUUAUGUUUGUUUUUUGUGCCUAUGCCUUCCUAUGUACAUACUCUAGUGUUUGUACAUGUGGUAUUUCUGUUGAACACCUCCAUCCUCGUAAACUUAAUACAGUCAGCAUUUCAAAAGGAAUUUUCCAAUCCGGUGUUGUCUAUACAAUACAAAAGCAUUUCAGUUUAUCUUUCUUUUAGGUCUUUCUUUGUGUUUACACCAAACUCUCAUUGCAAGGGAUUCUUUUAUCCCUUAGAAAUAACUAGAAACAGAACCGAACAAUGUUUCCUGUUGCUGAAGAGCAAGCUUGUUCGACCAAACAAACAACAAUGCCCAAAUCAAAAAGAAAUCCGCGUCUUGUCCUGCAGCGGAGAUGCGUCAUAGAAUCACACUGCACCGUUCAGUCGCAAAAGCGUCUUCAACUCUAAUUAUAGAAAAAAGUAUUGUCAUCCUGGUCUCUCUUGUCUUAUCUGACGUCACGAUUACAAAAAGGGUUUUUUAUUUUAUGCGGUAGUAUAUAAAUAUAUUUUUUAAACUAGACCAAAAAAAAAAACAUUUAGUAAGGGCUUACGUGGAUUUGUCACUUGUGCAGAAGUCUGGCCAGUCUCCUUUUUCUUUUCAUUUCAUUUUUCUUUGGUAUAAAAGAGAAGCAUUGCUGCGUUCGGCCAAUCCCUGGCCGUGCAUGACCAAGCCAGCCCUACAGCAUGCAGGUCCCCCACAACACAGUCCCUGUCUGCUUUCAAAUUCAUUUAUUGUCAUAUAUUUUUUUAUUUUAGAAAUAAGAUUUCUUCUUCUAGAAAGAAGGCUUUCUGUUGGAUUAUGAAUAUGUUAACUAGUCUUUAUUUUUGUGAUCUCUUUCAGGGAUGGUGCCCUCUGCACAACUAUAUAAUAUGCAAUCAAUGUAAAAAAUAUGAAAGAUCCUUGUGUUAUAUUUGUGUCAUGAGAUUUUGAUUUAUAUAUAACCUCUAUAUCUAAAUGCAAUUUAUUCUAAAGGUUUUGAAGUAAGCAGUCAUAUUUAGUUAGGGCUUUUUAAUCAUGUACAUGUUAUUAUGGCAUUGCUUUCAUGCUGAAAUACUAGUUUUUAAUAUCUAUGGAUAUUAAACUUUAUGGAUCUUGCAAUAGAUAGGCCAUUGUGGCCUAUUACCUAUUUAACAGCAUAUAUUUGCACAGCUGUUCACACAACAUAAACCAACACAUUUUCUUUCCCUAGAUCCUUCUCUCUCUGUGUUGCAAUUGACAUAGCAUAGUAUAGCAAAGUAUUGUAUAGUUUAGUAUAGCAAUUCUGUAUGUUACAUUAUCCCCAUUUCCAAGAUUAAACGUGUUCCACUCUC